AUGGUCGUUCACAUCUUGGGUAAAGGUUUCAAAGGUAAAGAGGUCAUUAAAAUCGCACUGGCCUCUAAAUUUUACGGCAUAGGUAAAACAACAGCCGAAAAGAUAUGCUCGAAGUUAGGGUUCUACCCUUGGAUGAGGAUGCACCAACUAUCAGAACCCCAAAUCAUGAGUAUAGCUAGUGAACUGUCGACAAUGACGAUUGAAGGAGACGCUAGAGCAAUCGUAAAAGACAAUAUAGCUCUAAAAAGAAAAAUUGGGAGUUAUAGCGGUAUGAGACAUACAUUGCAUCUGCCAGUUAGGGGCCAGCAUACAAGAAACAACGCGAAAACUGCAAGGAAGCUUAAUAAAAUCGAUAGACGUGGAAUUCACACAUUUUCUCAAGCAAAAGUACAACAUAAUCCGUCCCUUUGGUCUUGUAUCUUUGGCAAGUGA